AUGACUGCGGUAACAGAAGCUGAUGAACACAUCUACUACUGCAGAAUCACUACUGAUGUUGAGGGUGGAAACUGGACUGGUGUUCCUGGAGUUCAGCUGGACGUCACAGACCUGCAGGUGGAGACACAACAGAUUGUUAAAGAGGGAGACUCAGUGACUCUGAGCUGUAAAAGCAGCUGCUCUCUGCCUGAAGAAACUACAUUCAUCUGGUACAGAAACACAGAGAGAUUAAAUAAAGGAAUCAGAACAGAGAAUCAGCUUCAUCUGCAGUCAGUCAGCUAUUAUGAUGCUGGAUAUUAUCAGUGUGCUGUAGGAGGAAAUGAACAUCUGAUCUCUCCUGCUGUUUAUGUCAAAGUAGGAUCGGUUUAUGGUCUGGUGGAUUGGGGAGUGAGUUACAGUCCUUCAUAUGUUUGUGCAUUAAAGGGAUCAACAGUGAAAAUAUCCUGUACUUCAACACAUGCUGAUUAUCAUCUUAUGAAAUCUGUCUCAACCAAACCUGCUGUAACUGGUGAAGAACCUCCAGACCUGUGUACAGAUCCAGACAAAAGAGGAGGAAUUCAGUGUGUCAGAGAUAAAGACACUUUAAUCAUCACUUUGACUGCAGUAACAGAAGCUGAUAAACACAUCUACUACUGCAGAUUCACAGAUAAAGAGAAUAAAAGAUGGACUGUGAUUCCUGGAGCUCGUCUUGAUGUCACAGACCUGCAGGUGGAGACACAGCAGACUGUUGUAGAGGGAGGUUCAGUCACUCUGAGCUGUAAAAGCAGCUGCUCUCUGCCUGAAGAAACUACAUUCAUCUGGUUCAGAAAGACAGAGAGAUUAACUGGAGAAACACUGAAUAAUCAGCUUCACCUGCAGUCAGUCACCUAUAAUGAUGCUGGAGAAUAUAGAUGUGCUGCAGGAGGAAAUGAACAUCUGAAAUCUCCACCUGUUUUUCUCAAAGUUGGUUGGAUUAAUAGUCUGCAGUAUUGGGGAGUGAAAUACAGCCCUUCAUCUGUUUGUGCAUUAAAAGGAUCAACAGUGACAAUGUCUUGUACUCCAACAUAUACUGAUGAUUAUAAGCUCACACCAGACUUCUGGACCAAAACUUCUAAAACUGAUGGAGAAACACCAGACCUGUGUACAGACCCUGAUAAAACAGGAAGAGUUCAGUGUGUCAGAGAUAAAGACACUUCCAGCAUCACUUUGACUGCAGUAACAGAAGCUGAUAAACACAAAUAUUACUGCAGCUGUACAGAUAAGUGGAAUAGAAGAUGGACUGUGGUUCCUGGAGUUUGGCUUGAUGUCAAAGACCUGCAGGUGGAGACACAGCAGACUGUUGUAGAGGGAGAUUCAGUGACUCUGAGCUGUAAAAGCAGCUGCUCUCUGCCUGAAGAAACUACAUUCAUCUGGUACAGAAACACAGAGAGAUUAACUGGAGAAACACUGAAUAAUCAGCUUCAGCUGCAGUCAGUCAGUCGCUCUGAUGCUGGAGAAUAUAGAUGUGCUGCAAGAGGAAAUGAACAUCUGAAAUCUCCACCUGUUCAUCUCAGUGUUGAAUACAAACCAAACAGCGUCUCAGUGUCCGUCAGUGGAUCUGCUGUAAUAGUGUCUGGAGAUUCAGUGACUCUGAGCUGCAGCAGCGACUCAAACCCUCCUGCUGUGAACUUCACCUGGUUUAAGGAGGGUCAAAGCUCAGCUGUUGGAUCUGGACAGAGUUUUAACAUCUCCAGCUUUAACUCCAGUGACAGUGAUCGAUACUACUGUGAGGCUGAGAAUAAAUAUGGCUCUCAGAGAUCAGAGUCUGUUUCAGUCACUGAAGGGGUUCAGAGAUCUGCUCUGCUCACACUUACUGGAGCUGUGGCGGGAUGUGGAGGAUUGAUCUUCAUCAUCAUCUUCAUUAUUGUGUUCAUAUGGUGA